AUGACAUUCGAGGACACGAUGGUUAUGGAACAACUUCGCUACAUCGGCAUCUUAGAAACUGUACGGAUUCGAAGCUCCGGCUUUCCAGUUCGUCUUCCUUACAAACAACUUGUUCACAAUUAUUCCUCCCUUUUGGAUCGCCAAACAUUCCGUCAGGUAACCAGUAUUCCCGACCAUAAGCAACGAGCACAAGCACUGCUAGCCAACAUUCAUCGAAUUUUCGGAGAAACUACUCCCGUCAAACUUGGUAAAGACUUUGAAAUGGGCAAAACCAAAGGAUUUCUACGACAAGAACUUGCUGACAAGUUGGAGAGUGUUCGUCGACGGCGCCAUGUUCAUGCCGCCCGAAUCAUUCAGCGAGCUUGGCGUAGAAGAGCUCUUGGACAACUCGAUCGUGCUAGAAAUAACGCAGCUACACUUAUUCAAGCUGUUUUCAGAGGCUAUCUUGCAAGAAAGCAGAAUCAGAAAUUGUUGAUGAAGAUCAGAAUCCCCGCUCCGCUGCAAUCCGGUGACUCGUCAGCGGAAAAUGAGGAUGAAAUAGAAUACGAGGCGCCUCUAGGUGAUCAAGAAAUCGCCAGCUUGCCAAUUCCACAGGAUCUUGCGUUUGUAAUUGAAAAGUCUGGUCAAGGUUUCUUUUCUAAUCCCGAAAUGGAGGUGUCAAAGACAUACAUGGUCAAACGUCUGAUGACUAGUGAUCUUCCUGGUUGUUGGACCCAAUUCAGAGGUGAUCUUUGGACUGCCCCGGCUAUCACGCAGAUUAUUGCAAACAGUGGGUCAGCAACAAGCAAACAUCUAGACAAGUUCCAACUUGGACAACGACAAGCUCCAUUAAUUCGACCUCUUAUCCUAAAUCGUCCAACUCAAAUUGAAGGUGAUAUGGCUAUUGAAGCUUCCAAACUGGCCCUGUCGAAUUUUACACUAUAUCGAGAAAUUCUCUUUCAAAUGCUCAAUCAAACUCUAAAUUGGCCAAUCAACAGUGAGUUGGAUUACGCAACAGAUUCAGAAGACGAGGAGAUCGCUUUCAGCCAUGAACGCAAAGAUCUCAUUCGCCAGAAAUCAACUCGUUGGAAGUCAACUGGACGCACAGGCGUUCAAAUGAAACGAUCUCGAAAUGAGUAUAGUCACAAAACGGCGCAAGAUGAAAUGCGACGCAGUCAUCGAAGAUUGUGGAUGCAUAUUGCCGGGAGUCUUACAUGCGGUCGACUGCCAAAAUCGCAGAGAGCCGCUGUUGUUCGGUUAGAAUUAAUUAUAUUAUUCCAUUGCAUAUUUAUUGCUUCCAUUCCCGCCUGUUCGAGGGAUAUUUUUCUGGAAUAG